AAAAGGUGAGUAAUCGAAGAAAGAUAUAAAUCUUUGCUAUCUGGAGACUAGGUAUCAGUCCGUAUUUGUGCUUUCCAGAGCUCGCGUUGGCGCCUGAAAAAGAUGCGUUUCCUUUUAUUUAUGAUUGUUUAUUUGGUGGUGUCCAUUGCUGAAGCAUCAACUGACAAAAAAAUCGUCUGCUAUUUUGGCAGUUGGUCAGUCUAUCGUCCGGGGAAUGGAAAAUUUGAUAUCAGUGAUAUCGACCCGGGUGUCUGCACCCAUUUGAUCUACACCUUCGUAGGUCUUCAGGGUGAGGAUGUCAAGGUGCUGGACCCCUGGCAGGAUCUGCCUGAUGAAUGGGGUAAGGAUGGCUUCGGUAGAUUCAAUGCCUUGAGGAACACAUCAGCUAAAACGCUGAUUGCCAUCGGAGGCUGGAACGAAGGAUCAGCGAAAUAUUCCCAAAUGGCUGCCAAACCGGCAUCACGCGAGAGAUUUGCUGACAAUGUUGUUAAAUUUGUGAAAAAAUGGGGAUUCGAUGGGUUCGAUGUUGACUGGGAGUACCCAGGACAACGAGGAGGCUCUCCACAGGAUCGUGAGAAUUACAUCGAGCUCCUGAAAUCAUUGAGAUCACGGUUCGAUAAAGCGGGAUUGAUUCUGAGUGCUGCUGUGGCUGCUGCUGAGUCUUCUGCCUCGAUAUCAUUCAAUAUUCCUGAGAUCUGCAAAUAUUUGGAUUUUGUCAACAUCAUGGCUUAUGAUCUUCAUGGCGCUUGGGAAUCUGUCACUGGAAUCAAUGCACCACUUCGGGCAGCUUCUUCUGACACGACCCAAAACAAGAAGUUGACUGUUGAAGCUGCAGUGAAGUACUGGUUGGAACAAGGUGCCCCUCGGGAUAAACUGGUUCUAGGGAUGCCCCUGUAUGGACGUGCCUUCACUUUGACCAAUCCAUCGGAUAAUGCUGUUGGAGCUUCUGCUCGUGGAGCUGGUGCUGCUGGACCUUACACUCGUGAGCCAGGAAUGCUGGGGUACAACGAAAUAUGCGAGAUGCAGAGUCAAGGAAACUGGAAUAUCGUUUUCGAUGAGGAACGUCGGGUUCCUUACGCAGUCAAAGGAGAUCAGUGGGUUGGAUACGAUAAUAUCAAAUCAAUCCGCGAGAAGGCAGAACUCGUCAAAGAUUUGGGUCUCGCUGGUGCCAUGGUAUGGAGUAUCGAGACAGAUGACUUCAAGGGAAUCUGUGGUCAUAAAUAUCCUCUCCUCAAGACCAUCAAUUCAGUUCUUCGAGGUGGAACUCCAGUUCCUGAGGAAUCAAUUCCACCAGAAGUACUGGAAAUCCCAGAAGUACCAGGACUACCAGCAACCACGGACCCAAUUGAGAACAGGCCCACUCCAUCCAGGCCAAUUUCUGGAUCAGGUACUUGCACUUCCAUAGGAAAUAUUCCUGAUCCUGAAUCAUGUGGAUACAUCGCCUGUGUCCCAACAGUUCGAGGUGGAUUUGAAGAGCAUCGAAUGCAGUGCGGCAUUGGCCUCUGCUUCAACCCAUUCAACGGAAUUUGUGACUGGCUACAAAUUUAAUGCGCAAUCCAAUCAAUCAGCGAUUAAUAUUUGUCUCGAUUCUCCAUUUUCUUAGAUGAUCUUCCUUGAUACGAUCUUGCGGUUUUGAAUGAUAUCAUUCUAUCCACACGUGAACAGCUUUCGGGAGAGAUAUGAAUGAAGAGAUUGGAGACCCGAAUUGAUUUCGAUCCAAUGAUAAUACCUUCCGGCGAGAUAUCGACGUUGUCAUUCAAUUCGGCAAGCAUCGAUUUCAAAUUCGAUCGAUCAUUGUAAGUCACGUUAGUGUAGUAGUCGCUUCGACUGAGUAAUCUUUUCAAUGGAAUAAAAUAAUUCGUAAUUAAUAGAUCUUAGUACCCAGUAAUGA